GCUUUGACUCUUCGUCCCGCCCCGCUCUCCAGGGAACAAAACACAGAGAGUGUGGAAAACAGGAAAUGGUCAGAAAAACUGAGUUUUUCACAAGUGAACGCUUUCUCCCACAGGUUACUAACAAAAGUGUAAGGUGCAAAACAUGAGGAAGAUCAGCUUCAUCAUUACAGCAGCCAUAUUGCAAGUGCAAAUUCUGUGGCUCCUUUUUCCUUUUGCAUCAAGCCAAAUAACCACGGUUAUCUUAAGCAAUGGUACCAAGGCAACCAGCCCUUCUCCUGGAAUCGCACUGCAAGGGAUAAACAUUACAGGAGCAGAAAACAGCAGCACCUCUUCCUAUUUUUCUUCUGCCACUCCAGCCUUGAACAACACGAGCCCAUCAACUGAAGCAACAACCACCACUGGAGCUUCACUGCAAAAUGUCACGUCACUAAGUCAGCCUAACAUUUCCACCACGGUGAAAAAUGGCAGCCAGGAUCACACAGGCUUCACAUUAUCUACUAUUCAGAGUAAUUACUCGAUUGCCACCUCUACCAUGAUCACUACAAGACUCACUGAGAAUCAAACUGUAACAUCUAAACCGUUCACUCCACAACAGAGCAUGACUUCUCUGACCAGUCAUACUUCAGUCCAGAACACAUCUAAUAUUAAUGUUGUCGGAUGGUCUGGCCUGAGCCACUCAGAAAUGGUGAUUACUGCCUGUGUCAGCGUCAUCCUCAUAGUGUCUGUGCUAGUUCUUUUAAUGUAUUCAUUAAAUAAGUGUAAGAAAAAGAGAACUCAGUAUUCACACAGACCUCUACACAACUUUACAGAUGAAACAGCUGACCGUUAUCAUGCUCCUGAUGAUACCCUGGUAAUCUCGGGAGGUCUGUAUGAUGGGCCUCGGAUCUAUAACCCAAAUAUGUCAAUCCUGGAGGAAGAAGAUGACAUUCAUGUAGACAAUCAAGCAUUUGGAUCAAAACCUACCCAGUUCAAGUUAGAGUUCCUGCCAGAAGAACAAGAGAGACCCGAAAACACAGGAAUCCCUGCUUUUGGAACAUUUCAAAGUCAAAGUGUCAUUUCCUGAUUAGUAAGAAAAGCAAAAAUGGGUGUUGCAUAUAAGAGUUCAAAAGAUUAAGUAACACAGUCAUUUGCUACUCUGUAUGAGGCAACUGGAAGUAGUGUAGUUAUGCUUGUCUUUGGGAUUAUACAAAACAUGCCAUAUUUUACUUUAUAAUUAAGCAUAAAUUGUGUAGAGUCUGUGACAUUAACUUUAAAGCCAUGAUCUUUAUGUUUAAGCUGUGUUAUCUUUUAGCAAACUUUAAAAAUACGUAUUUUAUGUUCAAAAAUAGGUGUCAAAUUUGAAAAGAUGUUUACUGUUGUGAAACACUCAGAUAGAAGCAGUUUCUAAUCUAAAUACUUUUUUAUUAAAACCACAUUUGCUAAAAAAGAUGAAGCAUAUCUCUGCUACUAAGAUUCUGUUAAAGUACAGGACUGCACAUGCAGCAAAUACCUUUCCAAAAUAUUGGUUUCACCCUCUGUUUGCAUCUGUUAUAUUUGUAUAAAGUAUAAACCAAUAAAGAAAUUGAACUGUUUAUACUCUAGUAUCCUGAGAGGAUUUCUUAAACUUCUUUGGGCACCAAACUGUCCCUCUCUCCCCAUGAUUCCUUUGAGAGGUUCACUACUACCAACUGGAAGUAAAUGGUGUUUUCUAAUUAUGUUUGGUGAAACUAGUGAUGGCACUUCCCUAUUCCACCUUAUGGCAUUUUCCUGUUUUUAGAUCUAUUUAAUUAUCCUAAAUAAUCCUGUGGUUAGAACUUUUCCAGAGUCCUUCCUUAAACUUGUCGUAGUAUUUAAACUGUUUCAGCAUUUCAAAUGUUAUUGCUCUCAAAAAAAUAUUACUAUCUUCACACAAAAUUCAAUCACCUGUCUACAAAGAGGCAUCCAUCUAGUCUAGACUAGAAAUACACAUUUUACAUUUAUUCUUUCCUGUUAGUUGUAGUAAUAGUAGCUGUUCUGUUACAUGUACAAAUUAAAGUGAAUUUAUUUAUAUGUCCAACCAAAAGUCCACACAUUUCAGCACAUGAUCAACAAAAAUGUAUUAACAUUGCCAAAUUAACGAGAAUAGCCAAUCUAAACUGAGAUUUCCAUUUUAAGAAACAUACCACACUAUUAAUGUUCUGCACUGUCUGACAGAGAUCCUCACACCAAGGAAAAAGUAUACACAUAGCACACUGUAAAUGCUUCUUUCCAUUUAAAUGUUUGUUAAAUAUAAAAAUAUCACAAUAUAACUCAUAUUAGAAGGCAUUAUUUUUAUUAGUAUUUCUUUUUUUAACGAUCCUACAACCAGAUGAUCUUCAUUGCUGCUAUGAUAAACCGAGUUUAAUGUAAACCUGCUGGAUUUUCCUCAUUGGCUUUUUUAAUUCCAUAGUAUUUUUACCACUUGAAUAGACCUAUGUGACAAGUCCUUUUUGUGAAUAAUAAUAAAAACCUGAUUGCCUUAUUAA